GUCAUUGUGGGUCUACGUGCACUGGAUGCGUAGCGCACAAGGGUGCUUGGCUUAUCGCAACAGGGUGUCAGCCCAGGGCUCCGGCCAGUGCCCAGCCCCGCUGGGAGCCCCGGCCAGCACCACGGACGGCACCCAGGAAGCCCGAGUCCCCCUGGACGGGGCCUUCUGGAUUCCAAGGCCCCCCGCAGGUUCGCCCAAGGGCUGUUUUGCCUGCGUGUCCAAGCCCCCUGCGCUGCAGGGCCCAGCUGCCCCCGCCGCCGCCCCUGAGUCCUCGGCUUUGCCUCCCAUGGCGCCCACUCUGUUCCCCAUGGAAUCCAAGAGCAGCAAGACCGACAGCGUGCGGGCGGCGGGUGCCCCUCAGGCCUGCAAGCACUUAGCUGAGAAGAAGACCAUGACAAACCCCACGACUGUGAUCGAGGUCUAUCCCGACACCACGGAAGUGAACGACUACUAUCUGUGGUCCAUCUUCAACUUCGUCUACCUCAACUUCUGCUGCCUGGGUUUCAUCGCGCUGGCCUACUCCCUCAAAGUUCGAGACAAGAAGCUUCUGAACGACUUGAACGGAGCGGUGGAGGACGCGAAGACGGCACGCCUGUUCAACAUCACCAGCUCGGCGCUGGCGGCCUCCUGCAUCAUCCUCAUCUUCAUCUUCUUGCGGUACCCGCUCACCGACUACUGAGGCCCGGCAGGGCACCGUGGCCUGUGAAGACUUCGCACUGAGACCUAGAGGCAAGAUGCCGUGAGGGUGGGGCAGAGCCGGGCUCCUGCCCAGGACCCAAAGCUGUGAUCAGCAGUGAGGCUGUCAGAAGUUCAGUGCCCCUGGGAGCGGUGAGCUCCUCCCAGUCAUCCUGUCUGCCUCCUGCCUCCACCUGCUGUCGCUGGGGCCCAGGGCUUCCUCCUGCACUGCUGCCCAGCUUCCAGCGGCUGCCCCCACUACUUCCCUGCCCAGGCUUCUGGGCCCCUUAGAUGUGAUACCCAGCAAGAAGGGCUUAUAUGGGAGUUCCCAGGGUGGAGGCUGCCAGCAUCUGGGGCUCCCUCUGUCCCGACCCCCCCAUCUCCUACAAGCUGUGACCCUGCUCAGAGCUCUUGUAUCUGUGAACUUCCAAUAAAACACCUGCCCAGCUCG